AUGGACACUUGGUAUGUAGCACCAUACCCAGAAGAAUAUACAUACAAUCCAGUGUUACAUAUUUGUGAAUUUUGUUUAAAAUAUAUGAAGAGUGAAUACAUAAUGAAGCGACAUAAGGUUAAAUGUCCAAUGAGGCAUCCACCUGGCAAUGAAAUAUAUCGGGAUGGGAAAAUAUCAAUUUUUGAAGUAGAUGGGAGAAAAAAUAAGAUAUAUUGUCAGAAUUUAUGUUUGUUGGCAAAAUCAUUUCUAGAUCACAAAACAUUAUAUUAUGAUGUAGAACCAUUUUUAUUUUAUGUUAUGACUGAGACUUGUGAUAAUGGAUGUCGUUUGAUAGGUUACUUCUCAAAGGAAAAACGCUCGCCAUUGAAUUAUAAUGUAUCAUGUAUUUUAACUCUCCCAGUUUAUCAAAGAAAAGGCUACGGAAAUUUGUUGAUCGAAUUCAGUUAUCUUCUUUCAAAAGGUGAAAAUAAGCUUGGUUCUCCAGAAAAACCAUUAUCAGAACUUGGACUGUUAAGCUAUCGAAAUUAUUGGCGUAAUAUAUUAUUUGAAGAUUUCAAAAAGCACAUCAAUGAUGAAGAUUUGACUACUCUUACAAUUGAACAACUAUGUAAUGAAACAAGUAUGACACCAAAUGAUAUUGUUGCAACGUUACACAUAAAUAACAUGAUAAAGAAAAAUGAAUGUGAUAGCACUUACAAUGUAAUAAUUGAUCAGGAUUGUAUUGAUGAAUAUUUAAGGAAACUUGAGGCUAAAAAUUACCCUAGAAUAAAGCCGGAAAAUCUAAGGUUAAGAAGAAAGUGGGUAGAAAACCCAAGCGUAAGAAUACCAGGUUCACUCCAUACUAGCAUUAGGUGA